AAAUCUAUAAUGUCAUAUCGUUAUAGUUUCGUUCUUUCACAGAUCGCAGUAGCAAAGCUCAAACUAUAUCUUUACUUUGUUCCUUUACUACUUAGUAGUCAAAUUAGAAAAGUCGCAGUUAAAUACACUAAUCAUGGAAUGAAACCUUAAGAGUUAAAAAAUCUAAGCAUGCAUUCGAUGGAAAUCAUUGGGCUAGUCAUCAUUGUGACUGCAUGGUGCAUCAAUGACUGCAUCGUACAUUAUAAAUCAUCGUCGAAAUACUAUGUUUUUUAUUCGUUCAUUCAAUCAAACAACAAUUUGAAAGUGAGUCAAAUUGAAAAUAACGAGGUGAACAUUUUAAGAAAAUUAUACGUGCUACGAGGAUCUAAAGGUAGCUGAGAUAUGGUGGCCAUAACAAAUCGCUUAAGCAAAGCUGCCCAGGUGGCAUUUAAGGCUGUGAUACUGGGUGCCCCAGGUUCUGGAAAGGGUACCAUAUCAUCUCGCAUCGUCAAGCAAUUCAAUGUCAAUCACAUUUCGAGCGGUGAUAAGCUUAGGUUCCAUAUUGCUAAUAAGACAAUGCUCGGCAAAGAAGUACAAAGAUAUUUGGAAUCCGGGGGUCUUGUCCCAGAUGAGACGAUGAUUGCUCUUAUAAGUACGGAAAUUGUACAUAUCGACAAUCAUAAUUGGCUAUUAGACGGAUUUCCGAGGACUGUAGCCCAAGCCGAAGCAUUGCAAAAAAUCCAUCCUGUAUCCUUAGUGAUCAACGUUGAUGUACCUGAUUCUGUGAUUAUAGAAAGAAUUAAAAAUCGUUGGAUACAUUUACCCAGCGGUAGAGUUUACAAUGUUGGCUUUAAUGAUCCGAAAGUGCCGGGAAAGGACGAUGUAACUGGCGAGCCUUUAAGUCAACGUCCUGAUGACCGACCGGAAAUAGUUCAAGCAAGGCUUCGUGAAUAUGCAUCAAAGACAAAACCAGUCAUUGAUUAUUAUAAGAAGCGAAAUAUUCUCAAAUCAUUUGUUGGUAAAACGACAGACAGUAUAUGGCCAGAUAUCCAGAUAUACGCAAAAAAACACUUAUAGUACUUCUGUCACUUUAUAUAAAAUCGGUAAUAUUUUUUUAAUGUCUACAUUUUUAUGCAACAUUU